AUGCACGUGUCAGACCAUCCUUUGGCCAUAACUAGGUUUGGCGGAAGAAGAGAAUCGCCCGUGCGGGAGCGAAACGAGCUGGAGCGCCAAGACCAGGAACUGGUGGGGACCACGGCGGUACGAGGUGGCGAUGCCGGGAAAGAGAAGAUCGUGGUCACCCACGAAAACCUGCCCAAGAUGAAAAACGUGGUGAUCCUGCGGGGAGAGGGCAUUAUCUACUGCCCCAUUGCCAAGGUGGCCAGCGCCGAGUGGAAACGAUCUCUGCGCUGGAUGGUGGGCAUCGAGGACUGGAUGGGGAACCACACCAACCUGCACUCCGCGGGGAAGAACGGGCUCGAACGGCUCCAAGAGUGGGGACUAGAAGGAAUAACGUGGGCCCUCGAAUCUGACCGGUACUUCAGGUUCGUGGUUGUGCGGGACCCCGCAGAGCGCUUGGUGUCUGCCUUUUUGAACAAGUGCGUCACUGAUGGAUACAUGAGAGGACGGCUGAACCGCCAGGGUGCACCGAACUGCGCCUACCUGAGCUUGAUGCCCACCUUGUUUCCGAACGCAACCGAGGCGACGCUGGACACCCACCAGACGCUCAGAGAUCUAGUGGAACGCGAGCCGGAGGACACGUUUUACCAUUUCGCUUCUGGCAUCCUGGCGGAAAUGAAACGUGAAGGCGACGCAUGCAAGGUCUCCAACCAUCAUUUCCAACCGCAAAUGUGCUUCUGUGACUUGCGAGAGAUACUGCCGGCGUUCCACGUUAUUCCAUUUCACAACAUGUCAGCGGAAGCGGCGGCGUUUGCCGCAAGAAUUCCCGAACCGUUGCCUAUUUCGCCGCACAAGGAGGCCACGGACGGCGGCACUGCCGGCAUUUCCAAGAGCAGCAUCGGAAAAGAUGGGCCAGGCGGCAUGGCGCAGGGGGGAAGAGGGACCGGGGUGAGCGGAUCGCGGCGGCAGGAAAUCGCAGACUUUUUGACGGAGAGGUUCGAGACGGCUCGAGACAAGGACGUCAAGGUCACUGGCGCGGCUGAUCGCAAGAACAUGUUUCUAUCCAACCGGGUGUUGAGAGUCGUGCAUCAGAUGUUCAAGGAGGACUACGAAGUGCUCGGGCAGUACUUUCCUCCCGGCGAAGAGGAAAUCAACACCGCGAGCGGAAGGAGAACCACGAAGACCCCACCACAGUGA